AUGGCCACCGAAAAGGAUGACACAUCCCCUUUAUCGGGUCGGGAAGUUGAUGAAGUUCGGCAUGAUGAGCAGCAAGAUGGUGGUCAUACUUGUACCUACCCACAAAGGCAUAAGUCAAAGGAGAGGCGACAACGCGUCUUCAUAUCAGAGAUAUAUGAGAGGAAGAUUGAUCAUAUCUCACGGAAACUUGAAGAGUUUGGAUCUGUCCUGGGGGCUAUCCAAAACUCUACUCAGAGUGCUAUACCCGCCACUGCUCCUCCAACGACUCCAUCACACCCGACAUCGACUGCAUCCGCCGCACCGAAAAGUGAAACGACAUCUACAUCGUCAAUCGAUCGCCUCGGCAGCAAGAUCCUUACUCCAAAGUUGGAGCAUCAGGGAGAGUCUUCCCUCUCAGCCCAAGCCACCUUUGCCAAUGAAUUUCUUGAAGACGCCAUCAUCAACAAGCCGAACGGCAUCGAUAUCGCUGCUGAGAUGUCUUCUGUCUUGAAGUCUCUGAGAAAGGCUUUGGGAAGGAACUCAAACCACCAGGAACAUGACUACCUGUAUCCUCACGCUAGAGCUCUUGGGUCGGGACUCAAUCUGCGCAAUCUUCCUAUGCCACCUGUCGACAAAGUUUUCAUCGGCCUCGGAAUGACCAAAGAGAACGCUCGAGUUCGGUUCUUUUUGAACAAUGAAGCAACCUCCUUCAGCGACUACUUCCUCAACGUGUAUUCGCCAGGCGAGGCGACUCAUGCUGAUCUCAUCAUUGUGAAUGGGGGGCUCUAUUGGAUGUUUCGACAAUGUAAACACGCCGUCACAGAUUCUGGCCAAAAGGCCGACUUCGAGGCGCAAGCUGUUAUCUGCCGGGACAAUCUUGAGACAAUUCUUGCCAAUCUGCCAUUUCAUCAACCUUCCAAACUUGAGACAGUCAGUUCUAUGAUAAUAGCUUGCAUAUACUGUCUCGAAACAUGCAAGCCAUCCGCGGCCUGGGGUUUUGUCGCAACUGCGUCACAUAUGAGCCAGACGCUAGGCAUGCACAGCAAGAUGGCAAUGGCUCAAGAUCCCCCGGAAAUCAAGGCGGUCAAGAUCAGACUAUUCUGGCUAGUUUACGUGCAAGAAAAAAGUCUUUCUCUGCGACUCGGCCGGUCAUCAACCAUUCGCGACAGCGACAUCACAAUUCCGGUCCCAGGUAUUGACUCGCUAUCAGAGAUAAGCUACUUUUCGCAACUAGACAAGAUGAAAGACCUGGCACAUUUACAAGGCAAAAUUUACGACCAACUCUACAGCUCUGGUGCUUUGGCGCAACCGCAGCAUAUCAGGACCACCAGGGCAAGACGUCUUGCGGCAGAGCUCGAAGUGCACACGAAUAGGGAGGGGAGGAGUGAGAAGCUAUACGCAGAAGCUCUGCGCCAGGCUACUAGCAACGGGUUUCUAGAGGCCUUCGUAUGCACCGGUAAAGUGAUUUACCUGUCACUGAUUUGCUUGGUUUAUCGAGCCAUACCACCUGAAGCAAAUCAGGGCACCAUUUUUGGAAAGGAAUGCAUUAGCAGUGCUCACAAGGCUCUAGAGGCACACAGACAAUGGAUGUCUCUUGUCACUGAACUUGACGGUGACUUUCUUGAAAGCUAUGUAAACAUGGCCCUAUUACAUUCACCGUUUGUUCCUUUCAUUGUCAUCUUCUGCCAUAUCAUCGAGACAUGCGAUAAGAACGACCUUGGUCUCCUCGAAAGCGUCAUCAAGACUCUACAGUCUGCUACGGAUAGCGUUCCAUCUUCUGGAGUGAGGAAAGAGUAUCACCUCUUCAAAGCACUUUACGAUGCCGCUUGCAGUUACAUUGAAGCUAGAUUAAGCAAGGCCAAUAUCGGAUUUCGCUUGUGGGCAAACACAUCUUCGUCCGCAGCCUUGCUGUCACCAGCUCACCAACAGCCUGUCAUCCUCACGCCAAUGUCUAACUUGCAAAGUUCACAGACGACCGCCAGGAUGUCGCUAGAUGGGACUGAUGAAUGGAUGCCUCAGUCCUUCGAGACGCCUGGUGGGGCCGAGGUCGAUCAGUAUGGCGCACAGCUUGGAAAUUGGCUUCAUAUGAACGACCAGAUGACCAGAGCGUUAGAAGACAGCUACUUUUGGGAAGAUCUUUUGUGA